AGUCCCAUCAAAGCGGGUGUUUUCGUGUAAAAUAACAUUGAAUUUCGCUUAAUCGACCAGAGUAAAAAUGAGAGACGCUUUCUUCAUCUUUCAGGUAUUAACAUUUGCUUGCCUAACUGUACUCGGCAGCGGUGCUAUCGUACCAUCCGAACCGAAGCUAACUACCAAAUUAACGCCUGUAAACAGCCCAUCCUAUGAGGACAGCGUGAAAGAUUUAACCGCGGCUGCCAGCGAUAGGACGUUCCACAUUAGCAAAGACUAUGGCCAGCCCGGUGGAUACGGCGGAGGCGUACCGUAUGGAAGUUAUCUUGGCAGUUCGAUUUAUCCUGGUACUACAGCGUAUCGCGGAACUGGCUUGAGCCCGGGAUACCUAAAUCCAAGCUAUAAAGGCUAUGUAGUGGGUGGUCCAGGCGGAAUUAUCGGGGGCGGCAAUAUAGGGUACGGCUAUUACGGAAGUUCUGGAUACAAUCCGAAUUACGGUGGCUAUGGAGGCUAUGGAUACGGUGCUAACGGUGGAUACGGGGGUUACGGUGGAUACAGUGGUUACGGAACAGGACUAAGUACCUCUGGUGGCUAUGUUAACGGAUAUGGUAGCGCUUAUGGUAGCGGAUACGGUUCUGGCAUCUACGAGGACGCGUACUAUGGGAACGGCGGACGUGGUGGUUAUGGACGUUACGGUGGAUUAGAUGGUUAUGGGUAUGGAGGAGGAUACAACGGAUAUGGAGGAUCGAAUUAUGGAACAUCGUAUGCUGCGAAAAGCAACUAUGAUCCUUACGCUUAUCGUAGCAACAGUUACGGAAGCUAUACUGGUUAUCCGUCCGGAUACAGAGGUUACUCUUAA